GGAGUAUUUGUAGUCAAAGUGAUGACCGUAAAAUUACUGUGCCACUAGAAUCAAAGAACAAAGUUUAUUUAAAAAAAAGUAUCAAAAUAUACAUUGAUGAUAAAGGGGCCAAAGAAAAAAAGUUUAUACAGUGUCUUCGUAAAGGCGUCAUUUUAGACGAAAUAUUUAUUUUUAAGUAAAUUCUCCAAACAGGUAUGCUGAGACACCUCAACAUUUUGCUCUUUAUUCCAUUUAAUUUAUUUUGCCUCGAGCCAUCUCUGGAGUUAUCGCCUUAUUUCAAAAUUAGAAAACUGAUUACGUCAGCCUUUCUUCCUAAACACGACUACCUCUAAAAUCCACUAGAAGAUCACACGUGAUUCUCGAAACACGGAAUAAACGAAUGAUUGAUCAAACUGUAAGGAACGAGGAUGCUGAUGCUCGUCUCUAUUUCUUGUUUUUGUCAACAAACCGCAAGAAGCAAUUUUCUGCUUACCAAAUUGAGAGCUUCUCACACCGAUUAAAAAAACCAAGCUAUUUUGUAAACUAUUUUCAUUUUUAACACAAAAUAUUACACAUUAAAUAGCUGUGAUUAGUUUCUUAGAUAGUGAGAAAGAAAUAGCUGGUGAGGUACUGUUUUCGACUGCGUUGGUCCAUGUGAUGGAUGUUAGGGGAAAGACCUUUACCUGUCGAGUAUAACUAGAUAAUGAUUCUCAACCUAACCUUAUUGCAGAUGAGUUGGUAACAAAAUUACAUCUACAGAAAAAAGGUAUUGGGAAUCAUUCCUCUAAUGUUGGUGAAAGGAAUUUGGUCGACAUGCGCUCUUAUCCCUUGUUUGGUAGUACCAGAAAUAGGUGGUUUAAAUCCUUUUAGUAGAUUAAAGACGUUACACUUAAAUAUUUCAAAAAACAUACAGUUGGCUAAUCCUAGUUUUAAUCAACCUCAAAAGGUUGACCUUUUAUUAGGUGCAGAUGUUUUCUUUGGAUUAUUAUGUGUUGGACUAAUUAAGUUGUGUGAUGGUCAACCGACAUUACAGAAAAACAGGGUGGGGUGCUUGGUGACAGGUUCUUUGUGGUCGGGGGCACAAGGUGGACAAAAUAAUCUAAAAAGUAUGCAUAUUAGUCUAAAAGAACUUUAAAGUCAGUUGGAGAAAUUUUGGGACUUAGAAGAGGUUGGUACACAGGGACAUUUUUCUCUGGAGAAGAGGGAAUGCGAAAAAAUAUUUGUGAAAACUACUUCACGGGGUUCUGAUGGAAAAUUUGUAGUUGAUAUCCCUUUAAAGGAAUCGGUGAAAAUUUUAGGAGAUUCGACGCCACUCGUUAAUAUGCAGUCGUUAGAUAAAAAAGAUAGUUAGAAAAUGGUUGUUGGUUAAGUUGUAACGAUUAUUGUAUUCAGUAAAAUUUGAUAAAAUUGGUUUUGGUUUUCAUUCAAUAAUUAGGGAUAGAAAAUUCUUCAAAUAAAAGUUACUUCUUAUAUUAUUAUCAAUAAUUUUUGUUUUAUACAAAAUUUUCCUAAAAUGGUCCGUAUUCGAGAAAUUUGACAAAAUGUAAAAAAAUAUUUUUUUUAUAAAUAUUGUUUAAAUAAAAGUUGUUUGUAAUAUUAUUCUCUAUAAUUUUUAUUCCAUACAUAAUUUCUCUAAAAUGGACCGUAUUCCAGAUAUUUGAGAAAAUGUGUAAAUUUAGAAAUUUGAAGAAAACUCAAAAACGGAUAAAGAAAAAACAUUAAAUUUCAAACUUAAGUUUUAUUUCGGCCUGACGUGAAAAGAUUAGAUUUUGGACAAAGUCGGAACAUCUGGGGGGUACUUUAUGGGAGGCCGUUUUUAUAUUUUAUUGAAUAUAUCUGUUCUUUAUGUUUGGAGAAAAAAAUUCUUCAAAUAAAAGUUACUUCUAAUAUUAUUAUCUAUAAUUUCUGCUGCAUGUCAAAAUUUCUUGAAAUGGUCCGUAUUUGAGAAAUUUGACAAAAUGUGCAAAAUUCUGAUUAAAAGUUGUUUGCGAUAUCGAUCUCUAUAAUUUUUGUUAAUACAUGAUUUUUCUAAAAUGGACCGUAAUGAACAAAUUGUAGGAAAUUUAAAUUUUUCAGUAUUUUCGUUUUCAAUUAAUAUCUAUAGGAAAAUGUUUCGAGGUAGAUGUAUGUGGACAAUGUAUAUAUUUAGUUUAUCCUCUAAACAUUUAUAGAUAUGCUACAAUAGGUUGUACAAAAUAACCGGAAAAAGCCUAUAACUAGAUAGGAAAGUCAUGUGUUGGACACAUCAGAUUUUUUAGAUUCAAUGACUUAAUUGAAACAUGAUAAUCAGCCACACCAAGGAAUAUCCUUAAUACUUAAAAAAAAGGUAUGAGACUAAGCAGAUUGAUACAUCACAUUGUGGUGCGAAGACGUGGCUUGUACGAAUUUGAGGUAUCAGUUGAUCGAAAACAGUGGGAGAAAAUAAAUUUAAUUUUGCAUAGCCAUCACAGAUAGCCAUAUUCCGUACCACAAUCCGUCAUGCGUGAACUCGAUGGGAUUUAGUCGGCUAAGUAUCACAUCUCUGUGGUUUUUUGUAUCAUUAGAAAUAUUGACAGGGUGUUCUAACACCUUUUUCCUAGGCCAGGGAGAAUAAAUGAAAAAAUAAUUUAUAGUAAAUAAAGAUUGAAAACUUUUAUAUACUUUUAAGAAUUUUAUUAUCUCAGCCAUAGUUUUAUACCAAAAUAAAAAUAAACUAAAAUUAUACAUUAACAAUACAUUCAUAAAUUUACCAAAUUUAUAACAUUCAUCGACUCUCUCCUGGCUAAAAUAUUAUUUAUCUAUCUAUACAGCUCUAUUUCAUCUAUUUUUAGACUUCAGUCUCCUUCUGAUACUACCAGUCCUUCUUAUUCAAUGUAGUAUGCAUGGUUUUCAGAAUAUUAAGUGUUAUACCUAUCUGAUGUUGCGCCCUGUAAAGUUCAUCUUCAGUACAGCUGCUUAUCUGACAUCUGUCUCGAUGUCAAUCUUGAUUGAACAUCCGUUUCUUGCCUAAUAGACCUAUACUCAACCAGAAGUCGCUUAGCAAAUGUCUAAUCCGGCCAAAAUACAGCCUUGGUAAACAAAUAUAUAUUUUACCGCUGGUUUCAUUACAAUGACCGAUGGUUUAAUAUGAAAAACUUAAGUAAAGUGUAAAAUUAUAUCUUCCUAGUAUACUCGUAUACACUUGAGUAUUUGCCUAUAUUAUUUUUGAUUGAAGUCGUAUGCAGUUAAAAAUGUCGUUUCUUAAUAAAAAAAUAUGUUAUUUUGAUAUUUUAUUCAACUCAAAACAUUUUAAUUGUUAUUUUCCAUUCAUAUGGCUUAUACCGGACCUGUAUGUACUCUAGUAGCUAACAGUGUUGCCGUCAGUUGCCGCCACAUAUUCAUUAGAGACAUACGUUUUAUUAAACUCAUCGUGUUACGUAUUUUUUGACAUAAGGAGAAAGAAAUGUCGAAUGAAAAAUCGAUAAUGCGAAAUUUUCUAACCUAAAACAAAUCGUGAUUUUCGCGAAUAAAAUUGAGUUGGAUCUUAACAAAAACUAUUUAACAAGAAUGACAGUAAUAAAAACAAAAUUUUGGUCGCUAAGGUAAGUGAAAUAGUCAGGAAGAUAACGGUACAAUCUUUAAUUCAGUUUUUUUUUUUUUUUUCGAAAAAAUAAUUUCCAUAGUGU